AUGCCGGGCCAUGCACUGCUACUGCGCGCCCGGUUGUCCACCCGCUGUCACCAGCUCGAGGCCCGAGGUCAAGCAACUGUGCGCCCGUCCCCUGCGCACCACCGAGUUCGACACGUCGACUCGCGCGUCAAGACCCCGACUGGAGGUCUUGCCUCAGCGCGGACGAUUCACGAGCAACUCGUCUGCAAGCCUGACGAGCGAGUCGCCCCCACGCGUGCAAGAGCAAGCACGGACGACGCCCCGCAGGCUGUGCAGACGAACAGCGCAUCUCGCGCCUGCAAGACCGCUCCACAAGACGCGUCGACGCGCGCACCAAAGUCCCCGGAGGAUGCCUCGGCCAACUCGAAGACGAGCCACCGCGAAGAGAGGAGCAGAGAGGCCGAUAGAGAGGAGAAGCAAGGGCCGACCGCGGUGAGUACCCCUGCCUGCCGCCCUCCUCCAUCCUUCCAUCCACACCCACGCUACGCGCCCUCGACCUCCCCCUCUCCCCUUCCUCGUCCAGCACACUCGCCGCUGCUCGACGACCUCCUGCGCUACUCUCGUCCGUCGGCCUCCACUCGUCUGUCACCCGCUCCUUUGCCCGCAAUUUCGCCGCUUAUCUCUCGCCCCGACCUCUCAGCAGCCCAUGGAAGAGCACGCGCGGGCGAACCUCAAGAAUCCCGAGCAGUGCGUAGCCACCGCGCGCCCGGUAUCCACCCCGCCGCUACGAGCCUGCCACGCGAAGACUUGCAAGCCCUAGUCCGCGCGCAUCCCGCUAGUGAGACGGCUGCUGCCGAACGGGCGGUGCUCGCGCGCGCACGUAGGCCCCGACAGGAGGUCCUACCCAUAGCGCAAACGAUUCACGCGCAGUCCAUCUGCAAGUCCGACGAACGAGUCGUCCCGCCCUCCGCGCGCGAGCGGGACCCGCUGCUCGACCCCUCUUCCGCGUCCCCGUCUCAAGGUCCUCCCGGCUGGUGUGCGCCCUCGCACCGCCCUCGUUCGUUCGCAUCGCAGCCUGUGGGCGGCUGGAGUUUCUCCACGCUCCCAUCCGACCCGUCCAUGCCUCCUCUCCACGCUCUCUCGCUUGCGCCUCCGUCUUCUACGUCGUGCCCCCGUCUCUCGACGACUCAUGGCACUCCCGGCACUAACGACUUGCUAGAAGAGCACCGGGCCGUGCGCUGCUACCGCGCGCCCGGCAGCCCUUCAGUUUCAAGCCUAGCUGUAGCCGCAAGCUCGCCACCCGUCGAAGACGAGCAAGCCGUGCCGGCUCGCACAAUGGGACUCAAGAACGAGGCCCCGCCCAUCGCUAGGACAAGGCAACGAGCAGGUUCGACUGAGGGGCAGCCCUGCACGAGCAGGCUAGGCCAGGAGACUGGGAGAAGGGAACUAUGA